AUGACACCGUUGAACUUCGUAGUACACGGUCUGCAGGCACCAGUUAGAGCUCCCGGGCGUUGCAGUUGUCGCGCCUCAGUGGCAACGUCCGCAGUGAGCAGUGGCGCGUUCGCAGAGCGGCGCUCACGGCCACCACGGCAAGGCUGGUGCACCCAGGUUGGAUCUGUUCGGCGUCGGAACUUUACAAGCGAGCGUCUGCAGUUUAUGACUCUUCUAGAAAAUGGAGAGUCUAUACUGCCGGCGUUCGGGCCGAUGGAUGACUUGGGAAACGGAUUGGUGCCGCCGCCGGUUCGGCAGCCGGUGUCGGUGAUUCUGCUGGCGGGGGGCCUGGGCAGCCGCAUGCGUGCCGACCGGCCAAAGCAGUUUCUGCAGCUCUGUGGCAAGACUGUAUCCGAACGUUCUCUGUUGCUCUUUCUGGGCUUGCCCGAGGUGACUCAGAUAAUUAUCGUCGUUGAAAAACGAUAUCGUGAAGCGUAUUUUGGAAACUAUGUUUUGCGCGACAAGCGGAUUUUAUUCGCGGACCCGGGCUUAGAGCGGCAAGACUCAGUUCGCUCUGGACUCGCCCUCGUCCCAGAUACGGUGGAUCGUGAAAAAGAUGAAACAGACGACAUCCUCGUGUGUGUUCACGACGCGGCGCGACCACUUGUUUCACGCUCCUGCAUACGGUCGUGCCUGCGGGACGCCUCGAUCUACGGGGCCGCAGCAAUUGGCGUGCCAGUGAAAGCGACGAUUAAGGAGAGCGAGGAUGGACAGUUUGUCAGGCGGACUAUCGAUCGCAGCAGGUUGUGGGAGAUCCAAACACCACAAGUGGUUCGGGCUCGUCUUCUGCGUCAGGGCUUCGAGAACGCCAUGCGCCGGGGCCUACGCGUAACAGACGACGUGAGCGUCGUGGAGUUGCUCGACGACAAGCAUUAUCCUGUGAAAAUUACUAUGGGCGAAUACGCGAAUAUCAAAAUCACGACCCCGGAAGAUAUGAUUCUCGCAGAAAUGAUUAUUCGAGAGCGCUGCAAAAUGAACGGGAUCGCCAUCGAGGGAACGCAUCCGGAAUGUGAGAAUAUCUGA